GCACCUAUAUCCCUUUCAUUGUACCUUUCAGCACAUCAUCAAUGUCGUUUCCUUCUUGUGAGACUCGCGCAAUCCUUCGACCUCGAUGGUGCUAGUUGUAGCGAGCGAAGGACAGUGUGUUUCCUGCUGUCCUUUGUCUUUGUGACACUCUGUGCUAUCCUGGGGACUCUAGAUGAACGCCCACAAAGCUGGGUCUCGUGCUGAGCCGGUGUCUGAACUUCAUCGCGUCUUUGACGACACGCAACCCCUUGCCCAGACGACCUCUUUCUUCUUUCCCCCUGGUAUUCCUGGUUCUCCUCUCUGUUUCUCUCGCUCAUGGGCAGUCUCCCUAAUUUCUCUUGUUCUCGCCCCAAUCCUCCCCCUCUUCCUCGCUCUCCUUCAUCUCUCCAUCUCCUGCUCCUUCCUCAGGUCCAGAUUCAGGGUCUCUGACAAGUUUCUAGCAAGACGAUCAAGAGGCAGCCCUGAUUGUUGCUCGAAAGUGAUACUGGAACCCCCAAGUUAUCCCGAGACUGGUACUUGCCGCCCUUCCCUGCCUACAUCCUUCCACAGGCCUCAAGUCCGACGACUUCGCCCUGCCACAAAACAUCCAGAUGAUGGCAGCACGGUACCUGUAGCAUCGGAAGCUGGUAGAAGUGGAGUGAGGACGGCAUGCUGGGAACAACCAAUGUGGGGUAUAACUCGGCUGCACAGGACUGCGGGGGUCCCAGUUGCUAGAUAAUGUGCUCAACUUACGGCUGUCACUAUGAUGCGCGGCGGAUAGAACCAACAGGAUCUGCCUCAGAAACGACUGGUAUAAAUCUCAUGUGCCUGGGUACUGCAC